AUGGCGAAGAACGAUUUCUUAGAGCUGUCGAUAGCGAUGUCUGGAAACCGGAAAAUUGGGUCGCGUAGCGAUGGAAAAAAGUCCGCUGGGACUCGUUCCCGAGUCCACGUGACGAGAAGACAGUGGGAAAGUUUAAGGAGGAACAUGAGAAAAAUUAGCGUAGAACAGGUGACGGAAAUAAAGGGAUGUGAGAACGUCGUUCGAAUUGGCUGUAAAACAACUCGUUUCACAGAACAUUUCACUUUACCUUACCUUAAUAUCAAUCGAAUAACGUCUUCCACAAACGACACACCCGGUGAACUUAACAGCGUCCUUGCCUCGCAGAUGGUUCUGAGAACACAUUGUCUUCCUGGUAAGUUUCGACUGAAACAAGUUGCUCCGCUGCUUCAGAACGAAGACAAAAGAUCUAGACGCAGUCAUCAUACCUAUCCAACGCGGAUUCGAAAGUCGCAUACAAUUCGCGACGAUGACGUCGUUUCACCAUCCACGGCCUCUUCUUAUGAUACUUCUUCCGGAAGCUCUCCUCAGGGGGACUCUUUACGUAUUCCGUUGAAAACGCACUUUUUGACCGGUCCCACGACGACGCUGAACGAUCUAAACCGAACUGCCAACACUUACCACGAAUGUGCUGCCCAUUGGAAAAGUGAGACGCCUUCGUCUGGACAAGAUCCUCUGCGAUCUCUGGCCAGGGAUGCUGAUGUCGGUGUCGUUAGGGUGACACACGCGGUCCCCGAGGACCAGCUCGAGGAUCCUGGCGAGGGCGAGUAUCAGCCAGAGAGACCUCAUUUUUUCGUAUCACCGGCUGAAAAUCAGCGUGUGCCACCAAGAGCGUUGAACCAACUCUCAGACCUCUCCCGGGAAGAACGGGUUGAAAAAGUUUCUCAGAAAAGUCAGCAACAUCCUUCGCGGUUACGUCAACCUGCGUACGCGUCGCUCGACUGCUGCUUUGCAAACGCUGCGAACAUGCCUCGCUCGGCCGUGCUUGUUUGA